AAAUUCCUCCCUUCUUCCAUAGUCGCCAGUCAACCCCUCCGUUUCUUUUCCCAUUAAACCUUUGAAGCUCUUUCCACCGUCACUGCCAAUACCCUAACCAUGAUCAAGCAUAUUGCUCCGGCGCCGGCGCCGGCGCUGCACCACCGGAAUGUUUCUCGGCGAGCACCGUCGCCUUCCGCGGCUGUAUUUCAUCGGACGUUUUCGUCGCCGGAGACAUCAUCGGCGAUGAGGUCGAAUUCGUCGUCGUCGCCGCCGUCGAAGCUGCGAGUGGAGUUCAGUCCGCCGUUGAUUGCGAUGGUGGUGAUAAUCGCCGCGGCUUUCAUCGGCAUCACCUACUCGAGGCUAAUUUAUCGGCACCUCAUCCACUUCCACCGCCGCUACCGGCGGUGGCGGCGCAGGAGGAGGCGCUAUGUGCCGUCGUCUUCGGCCGGCGACAUCGAGUCGCCUCCGUACUCGUUUGAUCCGACUGACGGCUUCCACGUGCUCUCUCCUUACGGUCUCGACGAGACGGUGAUCAAAACUAUUCCGCUCUCUAUCUAUAGCCGGAAGAGCAGCGUUCACGAUUGCGCGGUUUGUUUGCUGGAAUUCGAAGACGACGACUACGUCCGCACGCUUCCGGUGUGCUCGCACGCGUUCCACGUGGACUGUAUCGAUAUAUGGCUCCGGUCGCACGCGAACUGUCCGUUGUGCCGCGCGGGAAUAUUCCGGCCGGAUUCGCCGUUCACUCCGGUGAUGGCGGCGAGAAUACGGCCAAGCUUGGAGGACAUGAUAAUGGAGAGCACGAUACUGGAGCCGUUAGCGGAAAUUCCGCCAGAAUCUGACGUGGCAACAAUCGGGGAGAUCACGAUGGAACCGUCACCGAGACGGAAUAACCAAUCAGAGGACAGAUUCAACGGUCCGGAUUUUCUGCUAAAACGAUCGUAUUCGUUCGGAUUCGAACGGAGCAUAGGAUCGGAGAGGUUAGUUUUGGAAGCAACCACCGCGUCUCCAUGGCGCUACCGCCGAGGCGGCGGUGGAAGCUUCUGGAGCAAACGUUCCCCGUUCAGCUCGCUAUCGAAGCCUAGAGUCUUCUCCUUCCGCUACUACAGAGGAAUGAAGUCUCCUUUCUUCCGUCCCCGCAGAAGCGGCGGCUUUUUCCCGCUAUCCGAGUCCAGCGUGAGAUUCGGCUCAGCUAGCGGCGGCGGCGGCGGCUCGUCUUCAAGACGCACAAAGUCAUUCGCUAGCCCUAUGUUCAUGCGAUCAUCCGGCGCGCCGAACAGCUUCUUCUCAUCCAGCCGGCUUAGAAGCGGCGACCCCGAAGCCCUACUCUCACCGGACAGAUUCAACCGGCGGUGAAGCGAGUUAGCACGUGGGACAUGAUGAAAAUUAAUGAUCAUCGGGAAGCGCACAGUAUUGGGUGAUCCACGGAGCUUGAGCGAUGGUGGAGCGGGUCGGGUGGGGACAUAUUCGGGUGAUAUUAAUGGCGAAAAUUAAUGAGUUGCCUGGCUAUACCUAUGGGUCAUUCUGGCGCUCAUUAAAUGGCAGGCCGGAGAAAAUGGUGUAAGAAAAGGAAAUGCAGUUAUGGCAUUUAAUGGGGAAUUGACUACUGAUGCCAUUAGCCUCAGGUCUAGUUCACAUCCCACAAUUUUUUUUCAUAAAUUGCAACUUGCACUUUAUUUUUACAUGCUCAAAAGAUAAAAAUAAUCGUUUUUUACCAUUCAAUUAUACGUUCUGAUAUGAUGUAUUGAAUUACAUAAAGGAUAUAUAGGUGGAAGGCAUUCAAUUUUUUUUUUUUAAAACCUUAGUGGGGGGAGUGAUGAUUAAGGUGAUCAAAGCUGCAUUGGUCAUUUUUUUGUUGGAUUUAUGUGGGUAUUCUUUUUGCUUUUUUGGGGUCUAUAUUGUGGCACCAAGAUUAUGGUGUGAUGGAUUUGAAUGUGUACUUUGUUUGGUUUUGGUUCGUGGGAAUAUGGUGUGGCCUAAUAGCAACAUAGACAAUUGAUAGUGAUGAUUUAACAGCUACCAUAAGUACACUCAUGUAUCCAAAAACAACACUUUUAGUCACUUAGUUAUGAUUAAUGUGUAGAUUUGUAUUA